UUCUUUUUCAUUCUCUCUCUCUCUUCUUCUUUUCGCUCCCAUAUUCAUUCUUCUUUCCCUUUUUUCCCUUUUUUUUCAUUCUCUUGUUGUUUGCCGAUAUUGUCAGAUCAUUAUAUUAUUUCCAUCCAAAAUUCGAUUCGCGGAUUCAUCUGUUUUUUUUACACCUUUAAGCAUCCAGCUUUUCUAUUAAGUAUUGAUAAAAGCGGUUCUAUAUUGACGCCGAGCAAUUUUCUUCACGGUAUCCUUAUUUUACACAAAUGAUUGUAAAAACCAUGACGUGCGACCAACGGAGCGUGGAUAUGCAGGCAACACAUGCAGGUGCUCGUCACAGCAAAAACAAGGAGAACCAUCUGUUAAUUACGGCACGGUCGCAACGAGCAAAAUGUCAGCAGGCUCAGCGCACGGUCCCUUCCAGUGCUUGUAAUCCAAACAGCCGUUCACCAUCAUCUGCGGUUGAACAGCGCCGAAAAUCCACCGUCUCAGUUGACAUCACGUUGCCGGAAGAAUGGUUAAAACGCAAUGUCACUUGGCAACGCAAUGUGUGGAAAAAGGCUGUUGUCAAGCGAUAUCUUGAUGGGACUUUUGAGAUUACCGUGCCACAAAAUUUAACGCCUGAAGAAGAACGAUACGAAUUCCCGCCAAGAUCUCGGUUACUGAAAAAACUGGCCACAUCCAAAGCUGAAAAGCGGAGAAUGUCCGCCACCAUCACCGAGCCAAACGUUUCAGACCACGACGAACUGGCGAUGGCUGAGUGGUUCUCCAAAGGGGUCACUAAGCAACAUCAACAACGUCAACAACAACAAUUACCCAAAAGUGUUACAAUUAAGCGAUCACGCGUUUCAUGUAGAUCCUUGACUGACAACAACUCGCCAAAACCAUCUUCGUUACUCCAUUGGUGGUCUACCGGAAGUGCCACGACAGAAUUACACGAAAUCCAACUUCAGAGUAACAUCGGGAAACGUUGGACAGCCUCGGCCGCCGCAGCUUCAGUCACCCAACGAUUGCCUGUACCGAGCCCCAAUCACAGUGCCAAAAAACAUUACAUACCAAAAAAGUUACUCCACCCGUCCAGUCCUAAACAAAACGCAUGGACCAUACGCAGCACACUUCCAAGCGCCGAUUCAUCACCUGUCCAAGCGCCUCAUCCACCACCGGUGGUCGCACAAACUCAGACAUGGCCGCUGAAAACCUGCAAAAGGCUUCCCGAGAAAAAUAUUCAUCUCACCAGUGUCCUGCAACUAGCAGAAACAUUACACCAAACACUAGAGAAACAGCAUCAACAGGCACGGAUGCGCAUGCAAAAGUUGGAUAAUCUUCUUCGUGAAGAACAGCGGUCACAACACCGUUCCAUAGCGAAAAUGGAAAGGAUCCUUCCUCAAAGUCGAAGAACACCAGUCAACUAACUCUAGUUAUUGUGAUGGCGUCCGGUUUUGUCGGAUCGCAUAUUAUCGCUCAGAGAUACCUAUCAGCCCCAUGCUCCUGGUAGCAAGGUUGUCUCGGAAGGAACACAUCUUGCACACUGUGUCGUGCUUGCCGACUGCUUUUUUUCCAGAGUAUACCAAUGUAUGAAAAUACCCAGUCAAUAUACCGCCCACAAUACGACGGUACCCACACAGAACUGUAAAAUAUGUAAAAAUGAUAUAAGCUGUACCAUAGUAAAUAAAUACAAAUGCAUGCGCACAACAGCAACCCGCAUUCGCACACACGGUGCAC